GGCUUUCAUUAAGGCCAGGAAGCUAGAUACGACUAACGGAUUAAGGCUUGUUCUCAAGCGUAGGCUGUGUGUGGUUCUCUUUUCUUAUCUCUUUUCACCUCUCCUUAUAAAUACAAUGCAUUAUCCUCAUCAACAACCUCUUGAUCCCCCGCGGUGAGUCAUGACGGAUCAAGUAAAUGGGUUGCCUCAGGACCCCACGUGGCCGGAGCUGAAGCUGCCGGAGUUGUUGCAGAACGACGCCGUUCGACAAGUGCACGCCACGAUUGAGAAGGAGUGGGAUUUCCUUCAGAGGUCAGCUUGUCAAACGGCGGCAGGAAGGGCUCUGUGGAAGCACGUCGUCCGUGAUCCGCUGGCGGAGUUACUGGCAGGAGAGACUUACUUGAGAAACCUCCAUGACAAGAUCAAGAAAGACCACCUCAAUAAUGCACGUGAGAUUUCUGGAGUCAUUCUUGCCGUUCGAACACUCUGGUUCGAUUCCAGACUCGAGCUUGCUCUUAAUUCCCCCAAUGGCAGAGAAGCUCAGGUUGUUCUUCUUGGCGCAGGAAUGGACACGAGGGCCUAUCGUUUGAGUUGCUUAAAAGACAGUGAUGUAUUUGAAGUUGAUUUUCCUGAAGUCUUACAGGUGAAAGCCACCAUUUUGCGAGCGGCAGAGGAAUCCGCGAAGGACGAUGACCCGCAGCAGCAACAGAUUAUGUGCAGAGCAAAAUCCUUAACUAGAGUAGCGGCCGACAUCAGAGAAGAUAACUGGCUGGAGAAACUUAAAAUUUCAGGUUUCUUGCCGGAGAAGAGAACGGUGUGGAUUCUAGAAGGUAUCCUCUACUACCUAACUCAACUCCACGCCAUGCAAGUGCUGAGGAUCAUAGCUGAAAAAUGCGCGCUAACCCACACAGUGCUCUUAGCAGACUUCAUGAACAAACCAUCAACUAUGCUAUCCAGCUCCACCUUCCAUUUUUACAGCGAUUGGCCCGACCAUCUCUUGCCAUCCAUCGGCUUCGCCCACGUAAAACUUUCGCAAAUAGGUGACCCAGAUGCCCAUUUUGGACUAUUGAAUGAUCCAUUAAAUCUCUUCAACAAGCUUCUUAAUGUGCCUAGGUCGGUACAAACUCAUCCAGAUGACGGAACACCAUGUUGUCGCUUGUAUUUAGUGGAAGCUUCGGGUUCACCAGAUCAAUCAAAUGAAGCUACUUUGAGUCAGUCCUGAUAUGGAGAUCUUUAUCGCCAAGUCAGAUCAAAUUUACAGUCUAGAUUUGUUGGUAGCAUACUAGUACGGUAGCAGGUCAGUGCCAUGCAACGUUGGUUGUACAUUUACUGCGGCAACGCCGCUCUGUCGAUACCUGUUCAGAGGAGGAAAUAUAACUUUCGGAAGCCUCUGACCUGAAGAUGUGAAUAUGAUUUUGACUGUUUCAUCAUAGAACAAUUUAACUUGCUUUUGUCUUUGUUUUUUUAA